CGGCGUCAAAUAAAGGGUAGGACUCUACCGCUCGAGCAACUAGAUGAGUGGCGUGGAGGAGCUGCUUUCUGGUCCCCUGCCCGCGUACAGAGAGCUCGCUCCUCUCUCAGCCAGCAAGAAGCUGAGGCCUUAGAGUUACAACACCAGAAAGCUCGUCAAAAAGAGAUCAGUACAUCUGAUAAGCAGCUUAAAGCUCGUCUACUACAGGAGAGGCGCGUUGCUCGCGCAGCUGCCGGAGUUGCGCGCGCGCGCCAGAGGGCCGAUGAGGCCGCUGAUAAACGCCUCCGACAACAGGCUCGUAAGGAGCAAAGUCAACUUCAGAAACGUAUCAAAUUGUCUCAAAAGGGUAAGAAGGAGCUCCUCAAGCCUCCGCGCAGGCCUUUAAAACAGAAAUCGGCUCCUGUUGGUGUUGCAGAGCCUGCAGAGACUGAUGAGAGAGCAUCUAUCGCGUCAACGUCAACGUCGCCCAGCGGCCGCGCAAUCCGCACACCAAGUAGAUUUUUAUAA